CAAAGGCAAAUUUUGCCAUUCACUCCACAAAGGCAACUUUGACUAUCGAGAGAGUAGCAGCAAAGAAGAAAGAGAGGAACAAGCAAAGCGAAGAAAAGCCAGCAAGCAAGCGAGGGAAAGGACAACGCAGACAAGGAACAGCAGAGACCAGCAACGGAGAGAAGACACAAGACACCAUCGUCAUCAACAUGGGAGGUGCAACGAGCGUGUUGGCUGGUGCGGCGCAGGAGCUGUCCUCGCGCGUGGAUGUGAUUGAGAUGCAGGAUGAGGCCUUCUGGUCCAAGUUCUGGCCCACAGAGGAGGCCAUCACAAACGAAGAGCUGUACAAGGCAUUCACGUCUGAUGCGCUGCGGGAAGUGCGGUCCAAGUGUCCCAAGAACCUUGCAACGCUGAUUCGCCGCGCAGUUGUCACGCUGGCGGCGCACACGCGACAGGGCGCUGUGGCAAGCCAGGAAGCAAAAGUCCAAGUGGGCAACAUCGUGCGGCUGUUGACCCGCGUGCUUCCCAUCAUGUUCGAGGACCCGUCGUGGGAAGACUUCUGGCUCACCGCCACCCCCAUUGGCGUCGCCGUUUCUCUGCCGGAAGGGUCGAUUGAGGACGGGUAUGUGAAAGGAUGCCCCGACAACGUGAAGCAGGAGGCAAUUCUGCAGCGGCAAGCGGACCUGGAGGUGGCCGAGAUGCCGACCAACCCGCCACCGGCCCUCUUUGAGACCCUCCUCAUGGCCGUCCUGGAUCUGAUGUUCGCACCAGGGUACAGCGUCCUCAAGAACGUGCGGUCGCUGUCGUUUGGCUCAACAUAUCCUGUCGCCUGCCGUCCACUCGCCGCCAUCCACGCCCUCGACCUCACCUGGUACACGGGCGUUGAGGCGAAGGCAGCGUCGGCAGAGCGGCCCAAGUUUGUGCAGCGGCGGUGCGAUCUGCUGCGUCUGCUGCUGGCGUGCUUCUCCCGCCCGCUGUAUCACCACCACCACAGCCUGGAUGUGCGUGCCGACCCCUGGCUCACCUUUGUCGCAGGCGGGUCGCACCGCAACACGCUUGUGAUUGUGCGCUCGCUGCUGAAUGCGCUGUGCUCGUACGAUCCAAUUGGCUACGGCUUGCCCUACAAUUACGUCAUGAUGCCGGACGACGACCGCGACAAGCUUGCACAGCUGAGCGGGGAGGUGCUGUGUCUGCUGCUCGACUUUGUGCCAUAUCCGCAGCCGUCUGAUCCCGAGGGCGCCCCGCACGGCAGCAACGUCUUCAUCGACUGGAUCGCCUCCCUCAAGAGCGAGGAGGACUUUGAUUUUGUGGCGGACAACAUCGCCCGUCUGCUCAACAAUCCCCUGCAGGGCUCAUAUCUCCCCGCCUCCUUCAAGGCCGUCGAUAUGCACCACGAGCUGAUCACUCUGUUCUGGCGCAUCUGCGAAACCAACAAGGCCUUUGUGUCUCGCAUCCUCCGCACCGGCAAGGUGCUCGAUGUGCUGCUGCCUGUUCUCUACCGGCUCAACGACAACAAAGACGUGCCAGGCCAAAUUGGGCUGGUGCACAUCUGCGUGUACACGCUGCUGCUGCUGAGCGGCCAGCGCAACUUCUCCGUCCGCCUCAACAAGGAGUGGGAUGCGAGUGUGCGGUUUGAAGGGAUCCCCUUCAGCAACGGCAACUACGCCGAUCUCAUGAUUAUGGUCCUUCACGCCGUCCUCACAACGAACAACCGUCGCCUGACGUCCCUCUACGAGCUCAUUCUCACCAUUGUCGUCAACAUUUCGCCGUUUGUAAAGCGGCUGUCGCUGCAGUCUGCCAACAAGCUCGUGCAUCUCUUCCAGGUGUUUUCGUCGCGCAAGUACAUCUUCGCCAGCGAACCAAACCACCGGCUCGUCUUCUUCCUGCUCGAGGCGUUCAACAACCUGAUCCAGUACCAGUUUGAGGGCAACCAGCACCUGGUGUACUGCAUCAUCCGACGGCGGUCCCUCUUCUUCGACCUCUCAGCUCUCACGCUUCCACACGACACCGACACCACGCAGCAGCAGCAGGAGGAGGAAGGGGGAGAGGAAGAGGAAGGACAGAACAAUGAGGAUGACGAGAAUGAAGAGGAUGACGAGAAUGAAGAGGAUGACGAGGAGGAGGCCGGCACGCAGGGGACUGGUGAUGCAGGCGAUGAGGAGCAAGGCGCGCAUGGGGAAGAGGAACAGCAGCAGGAGAGUGACCAAGCACAGGCUGCCACUUCCACCGCUACCGCAGCGACUGCAGAGGGUGAUGUGAGCAGCGAAGCGCAGCAGGCAGCGCCGGCUGAUCCAAGAGGCGUCGACCCAUCCCACCCGCUGCCGCCGCAUGCGAAGCACCCAGCUUACCCGCGCGACCAGGCAGCCGAGGCACUGAAUGUGUAUGCGCCGGAGCGGCCCGUGGCGGACGCGACGCCCGCGCAGCAGCGCGCCGUCAUCCAGUCAACACUCAAGCCAUCUGACGCAACCGAGCACUUUACUGUCGCUGACACACAGCAGCAGCAGCAGCAACAUCAGCAGCAGCAGGCAGGCACCUCUGGUGUGCAGGAAACGGCCAUCGUGUCAGCCCGUACCGGCUGGCAGCCGACACAGGACUGGCUUGACUCGUGGUUCCCGCACCUGCCGCUGCAGACGAUCCAGCGACUGCUCAAAGUCCUCGUCCCGCAGGUCGAGCGUCUCUGCUCAGACAAGAGCGUGACGCAUGAGGUUGAGGUGAUUGAGUUCCUCAAGAACGGCACGCUGGUUGGUCUCCUGCCCGUGCCGCAUCCGAUUAUCACGCGGCGGUACCAGGGCAGCGGGCGCUCGUCCAUCUGGUUCACCGCAUUCUUCUGGUCGGUCAUCUUCCUCAAGAACCUUCAGCCGCCGUUCCUCUUUGACACGGAGAUCAGGCUCUUCAACGUCCGUGUCGUGGACUGAUGGCGACACACAGACACAGACACACACAGACACACACAGACACACACACACACACACACACACACACACACACACACACACACACGACAUGGCUCUUCGCUCGCGUCUUGGUCUCGCUUCAUCCGUUAUGCAGUGGUUGUGUGAUUUCAAUGUUCUUCUUGAUCAAGCACGUUGCUUGUGUUGCAAUCAUUUCAAUCAUCGCCACCACCACGACCAUCACCAGACCAGCACACAUAAACACUUAGGAUGCUG